AAAACCAGGCCAAACAAACUGUUUUACUUCCAAACUCGCUCUUCCAUUUCUCACAAUUCAGCACUUAUCAUGGUUUCUCUGAGCUGCUCCGUCUCCGACCUCGUCCCCCUCCUAGGCAGCGCCACCAACGCCACUGAGGCGGCAAAUUUCAUCUGCAACCAAUUCGACAGUGUCUCUUCCACACUCUCCGACGCCGCCUACGCCAUAGACAACACGUACCUCCUCUUUUCUGCCUACCUAGUCUUUGCCAUGCAGCUCGGUUUUGCCAUGCUCUGUGCUGGCUCGGUCCGUGCUAAAAACACCAUGAACAUCAUGCUUACCAAUGUCCUCGAUGCAGCUGCUGGUGGCCUCUCCUACUACCUCUUCGGCUACGCCUUUGCCUUCGGUGGCCCCUCCAACGGCUUCAUCGGCCGCCACUUCUUUGGCCUCAAAGAUGUUCCUUCGCCAGCCGGUGACUACAGCUUCUUUCUCUACCAGUGGGCUUUUGCCAUAGCCGCUGCAGGUAUCACAAGUGGCUCCAUAGCCGAGCGAACCCAGUUCGUGGCCUACCUCAUAUACUCAUCAUUCUUGACUGGCUUUGUCUACCCGGUAGUUUCACACUGGUUUUGGUCGGGUGACGGUUGGGCAAGCGCGUCCCGGACCAACAAAAAUCUUCUUUUCGGGUCAGGAGUCAUUGACUUUGCCGGUUCAGGUGUGGUCCAUAUGGUAGGAGGCAUUGCCGGACUCUGGGGAGCCUUAAUUGAAGGACCAAGAAUAGGUCGGUUCGACCGCGCCGGCCGGUCCGUUGCCUUACGUGGUCACAGUGCUUCACUUGUGGUAUUAGGUUCUUUCCUGCUAUGGUUUGGCUGGUAUGGGUUCAACCCGGGUUCUUUUUUGACCAUCAUGAAAUCUUACGGUACUAGGAGGACUUAUUAUGGCCAAUGGAGUGCGGUUGGAAGGACAGCUGUCACAACCACGUUGGCUGGAUGUACAGCUGCUCUCACUACCUUGUUUGGCAAAAGAUUACUUGCUGGCCAUUGGAAUGUCACUGAUGUUUGCAAUGGCUUAUUGGGUGGUUUUGCUGCUAUCACCUCAGGGUGUUCCGUGGUGGAACCGUGGGCAGCUAUUGUCUGUGGCUUCGUGGCGGCUUGGGUUUUGAUCGGGUGUAACAAGAUUGCAGAGAAAUUUAAGUACGAUGACCCGCUCGAGGCGGCUCAACUCCACGGUGGGUGCGGCGCGUGGGGACUGCUCUUCACUGGAUUAUUUGCGAGGAAGGAAUAUGUCAACGAGGUGUAUCAAGGGCAGGUGGGGAGGCCGUAUGGAUUGUUCAUGGGUGGUGGUGGGAAGCUAUUUGCUGCUCAAAUUAUUCAAAUAUUGGUGAUCAUAGGAUGGGUGACAGCCACUAUGGCCCCACUUUUCUAUGUGCUAAACAAAUUGAAAUUGCUAAGGAUCUCAAAGGAGGAUGAAAUGGCAGGAAUGGAUCUAACCAGGCAUGGUGGAUUUGCUUACAUAUAUCAUGAUGAAGAUGAUCUCUCCGUUGUGCCUGGGUUUAUGAUGAGGAAAAUAGAGCCUAGUAAUAGUCCAGCGCCAAAUCAAAAUUCACCAUCCUCAGCUGUGUGACAACUGCCCUCUAGAGAAGCACUAUAUCAUGCGCCAAUUAUGACGGGAUUAGGUAGUAGUUGGUCUGAGUAGAAAGUCAAAGUUUAGUUUCUCCAUCAUUGGUGCUUGGAUUAUACGUAUGGUCUUCUAACAAUUGGCUUAGGAAUGUAUUAUACAAUAUAU